CCCAAUGGACUCACGCAGGUUUGGGAAAUACAGAGUGGAAAGGGAUGUGCUGGACGAGCAGAGACUGGAAGAGGUAACACAGAGGAAAAGUUACACUGACACUCACCCUUCUCUAACUGAUCGGCUUAAAGACUCUGUAAGAUGUUCAGUACCCAAGCUAAAGCGAUGUGUGAUGAGCAGUUUGCCUGUACUAUACUGGCUGCCCAAGUACUCAGUCUGGGACUACGGCAUGCCAGAUCUAGUCUCUGGUAUCAGUGUAGGCAUCAUGCACCUGCCACAAGGGAUGGCAUAUGCACUGUUGGCUUCCUUGCCACCUGUAUUUGGGCUCUACACAUCCCUCUAUCCUCCAUUAAUCUACUUAUUUUUUGGAACAUCGCGCCAUAUUUCCAUAGGAACAUUCACUGUUCUCAGCAUCAUGGUUGGCAGUGUGACAGAGAGACUUGCUCCAGAUGCAGCUUUCAUCAUAAACAAUGGGACCAACAUCACAACUGAAGUUGAUGUUACUGCUCGAGACUUAUAUCGAGUUCAGGUGGCAGCUGCCACUACAGUUCUAGGAGGACUUAUUCAGGUGGUACUGGGUAUGGUGAAGUUUGGAUUUGUAGGAACGUAUCUGUCUGAACCACUGGUGCAUGCUUACACAACAGCUGCAUCAGCUCAUGCUGUGGUAGCACAGCUGAAAUACGUCUUUGGAGUGUCACCAACAAGAUUUAAUGGCCCACUGUCACUGGUAUAUACUUUGGGGCAUGUUUGCUCCCUGCUCCCACAGACUCAUCUUCCCACCCUGGUAGUCAGUGCUGUAUCCAUGGCGUUUCUUAUUACAGCAAAGGAGCUCAACUCAUUCCUCAGUCCAAAGCUGCCAGUGCCGAUCCCAGUGGAGCUCAUCACAAUUGUAAGUGCAACGCUCAUAUCGUCCUAUGCUCACCUGAACAGCAACUACACUAUUUCAGUUGUUGGUGAAAUUCCUAGUGGUCUGAGUUCUCCAAGAGCUCCAGAUAUAAAUCUUUUCCAAGAGGUCAUUGGUGAUGCUUUUGCAUUAGCCAUUGUUGGAUAUGCCAUAUCUUUUUCACUUGGAAAAACAUUUGCGUUGAAGCAUGGAUACAAGGUGGAUAGUAACCAGGAGCUGGUGGCUCUUGGACUGAGUAAUACAGUAGGAGGCUUCUUCCAGUGCUUUUCUGUCUGUCCGUCCAUGUCCAGGAGUCUUAUUCAGGAGAGCACCGGAGGAAAAACACAGAUGGCUGGAUUGGCUUCAGCUGUAAUUGUGUUAGUGACUAUUCUGAAACUUGGUCCACUGUUUCAGGAGCUUCCAAAGGCCGUCCUUGCAUCUAUUGUUCUGGUGAAUCUGAAGGGUAUGUUCAAGCAGUGCAUGGACAUAGUUAAACUGUGGAGAAGCAGCAAGAUUGAUUUGGUGGUGUGGUUGGUCACUUUGGUGUCGACAUUACUCUUCAAUCUGGAUCUGGGUCUUGCAGGAUCCAUUAGCUUCGCUCUGCUCACUGUUAUCUUCAGAACACAGAUGCCAUCAUACUCUGUUCUGGGGAAUGUCCCAGGUACAGAACUGUAUGUGGAUAUAGAGACUCAUAGCCAGGCAAGAGAGAUUCCAGGUAUUACUAUAUUCCACUCCUCCGCUACAGUGUAUUUUGCCAAUGCUGAUCUCUACCUGGAGGCCCUGAAAGAAAAGAGUGGGCUUGACAUCAGUAAAAUGAUCAUCUAUAAGAGGAGGCAGGAAGCCAAACAGAGACGCAGAGAAAGGAGGGCAGCAAGACGGGCAAAAAGGCAAGCAAAGAGAGAGCAGAGACGGGCUCAGAGGGCAGUGAAACAGCUGGCUGAUGCGCCGGUAUUCUCUGUGGAGGAAGAGGCAGGACACUGGAGAAACACAUGUGUAGUUGAGGAGGAGGAGGACCAGGGCAUCACUGAGAGGAUGAAUGGGACAGUGUUUGUCAUACCAGCGACGCCCAGAACACCCGAUGGCCAGUGCAGAUGGGAAUACCUUAAAGGGGGAGAUCCAGACAACGCCAGCUUAGGGUGGAUGUCUGAGUUUCAGGAUGGGGACACCACCACUCUGGGCUCCAGCAGUGAUGACACACUAAGCCGUGACCUAGAGCGAGUCUCUCUUGGGUCCUUGGGCAAGUGGACUUGGGACAUUCACUCCAUUAUUCUUGAUCUCUCCACAGCCAACUUCAUUGACACAGUGGCUAUCAAGACGAUGAGAAAUAUUUUCCAGGAUUUCAGUGAGAUUGAUGUGGAUAUCUACAUGGCUGGUUGCCAGGCUUCUGUGGUGGAGCAAUUAGAACGUGGUGACUUCUUCUCGGAGUCGAUAACGAAGCAAUGUCUUUUUGCCUCUGUUCAUGAUGCUGUGCUCUUCUGUCUGAACCACCGUGGAGCAACUUCAUUCACCAGAUAUGAGACGUCUUUGGACAUGCAAAGCAGCACAAAACUUUAAAGACCUCUAUCCCUAAGGACAUCCUGGUGUCUCCACAAAUGAUACACUGAAGAGCUGUCAUCUCAUGAGAAGUUGAUAAAUAACAUUAACAUUCAUUGACAAUUGCACUGAGGAAAAUGUGCAACAACUACCUAUGAAUGACAUCCUAUGUCUAAAUGUCUCAGGGCUGCAUAUAUUGUAAAUAUGUAAAACUAUAUGUACAUGAAAUUA